AUGGUAAAUGAUGAAGCUCCAAAAGAUAUUGAUCAUAAGAUUGAUAAUGUUGAUAAAAUGGUUAAAACACCAUUGGACGUGGUUGUAAAAAUGAAUACGAUGAUGAAAGAAUUGCUGAAGAAGUUUAUGAAAGCUAGACUUGACAACGAUAGCAUGAACUAUGAAAAUGAUAUAAUAAAAAUUAGCUAUCUACCUGUAUUGAAUAACAAAACAUCUCUAACGAUUGAACCUAUCAAGAAAAUGCCUUGUAAUGAUAUUGAUAGAAAGGAUAGAGAUAUGAAUUUUAAAAUAACGAUUUCUGAUAUUGAGUAUGAUGGAAUGUAUAGUAUUGGUCAGUAUUAUCAACGUGGAAUCAAGAUUUCGAUAUGGAUAUUGAAAAACUCGAUAAUGUUGAAUAAUCACGAAAAAACUCUGUAG